CACCUAUCCCAUUAGCCCAUAUCUCUAAUUCUUCUGAUGAUUCCAAAGAAGUUAGCCCAAGCAAUUCGCUCGAAGAUGUGGACGAUUACUACAAAAUGAUCUUGGAAGAAUAUGCGAAGGAUUGUGAGUAUUUUGAUAAGGAAAUUGAUUCCACACCCCAGUCGGUGAAAGAAACGAAUGAAGAGGUUGCUUCGCAAUCAGGAGGGAAAUCGAACGAAAUUAAAUAUCGUGCACAAUAA